AUGGGCGAAUUCAAUAUACUAGUCAAUCCAGGGUCUUUUCCGUACACCACCCACCGUGUCUAUCUAUUGAAUUCUAUCUCCCCCAGAAUCCGUUUUAAUCUAGUUUUUUCUCAAUUAUCUACAAUCCAUGUCCAUUCAGAUUCGUCUCUCUAUUGCAGCAAGCCUUUCAAUCCAUAUCCUUAUCAAUAUAUCAGCAUCCAUUCAAAUACCGCGUGUUUUCUGACUGUACCAACAUCUGUGGUAACGAAAUGUCAUGUUAACACUGCAGUAUUCCUUCCCUUCACAGAUGUCCAAGAGAAAUAUUACUAUAUCUAUCUAUCUAUCUAUCUAUCUAUCUAUCUAUCUAUCUAUCUAUCUAUCUCACACUCUCUCUCUCUAUCUCUCUCUCUCUCUCUAUAUAUAUAUAUAUAUAUUUCGAAAUCAUUCUUCUUUUUACCGUUACAAUUCUUCAUACAUACAUAUAUACAUGUAUGCAUGCAUAUCUAUCUAUAUCUAUCUAUCUAUCUAUCUAUCUAUCUAUCUAUCUCUAUUCCUGUCUGA